GAAUUUUGAAAUUACCUAACCUUGGGGGACGCAAAUUGUAUAUAGUUAGGCGUUACAGUGAGGAGAUACCGUAAAUUUGGUUUAAAAUUGCUUUUAGUCUGCAAUUAACUCCAAGUAUAAAGUGCUUUAGUGUCUAAAGGUUGAUUAAGUUGUGAUGUUUGGCAAGUUUUGGCAUUACAUCCCCAAAACGUUGUUGAUUUACUCAAGCUUUGGGGAAAACCCCAAAAUAGGGAGAUUGGGUACAUUCCAAGGAUUCAAGAUAGUACGUCAUUCUUCUUGUCUGAUAUUUCUAUUUUGCCUCUUAUAUAGUGGGACUAUGAAUUAUGAAGGGACUAAUGAGGUUAAAGUUAAAACUACUUAAUUAUUCGCACGAAUCUCAAUCCAUCUGAAUAGAUAACAUUUUGGCAUUAUGGCUGAUGUCGGUUCGUGGUAGAAAACCUGACUUGAAUCGUUGGCUUUAAGCACAAACAGCUAGUUGUAAUUCCUCACAUUUAUUUUUAAACUUUUCCUAGUCAUAGUAAUUGGUUGAAGUUUUUCUAGUCCACCUUAAUAUCGCUUUAAAGUCUUCCAUAAAUUAUAGUCUCACCACUUCUUUUAUUCCAUUCAUAACCACUUGGAUUCUUAUCACUACUUUCAAGACAUCCUAUUGUGAGCUUGGAAAUGUUAUGAAAUUUGCAGAGCAUUAUAAUGCUCUGUCGCUCUUGAAUAUAAGUCUUUUGUCGGUGAAAGCUUCGAUUAAACAAAAUGUCUUUUGUGGCCACUUUCUCUGUAUUACACUUUUACGUUAAUAUUUCAAGAUGGAUCUAAACGACUUUCCUAAAAUUCUUAUCGAUUGGCAUAUCCUGGAGUCCACUUAAAGUAUCCGUUCACCCCUAGUUUUAAUGCUUCUUGAUAACGUAGUAGGUUUAAAACCAGGGCAAGCAGAUAGAAACUUGUCAUGAAUUCAUAUAGUCACUGACUAUCUGUGUGAAUCGUGCUGUUGUGCUCAGACCUUUCUAGUUGAAGCCCAUGUGUUAUUCAGGAUCCACGGUUGAAGGCGUUCUGUGAUAUACCGCAAGAUCAGUCGCAAUGGUGCUUUGGCAUUCCUUAUGAUAUGGAUCUUGAGUCAAUUUUGAUUAGUCAUUCGUCAUUCUUCGAUUUAAUUUCAUCUCUUAGUGCUGUAUCUUCUAAUUUUUGAUACUCGUCCAAGGAGGUUCAGUUCUUUUACUCAUCUUAUCAGCUUCCUUUACAACUGGUCUGAUGUGGUGUGUGGCAACUUAAACCUAUACACAUCCGUGGUUAGGCGUACGUUUAUGCUAAGAAACGGACUAAAUGAAAUUUCUCGAUCAUAAAAAACAACUUACACUGCAUUCAAUAUUAUUAUUCCGAACAUACAUCAUCUAUUAGCAGGUGGAAUUUUAUUUCAUUCGUUUUUAAAUCAUACUUUAUUUGUUCUGGGUAAACAUUCUAAUGCGUUCAACAACACGUUCACUCAUUAGAAUUUUUCAUGGUGACAUAGGAUCUAUGACGUGUUCAAAAUUCUGGCAUGUCCAGCGCCAUUGUAUCAAUAGUAUCCGAAAGUGAAUGUUUCAUGAUUACAUUGAUCAACCUCGUUAGUAAUCACCUUUUUUGUUCUUAUCUCACCGGUUUACUUUUAGAUCUAUUCAAAUUAUGGCAUAUUCAAGUCGUGAUGAUAAUUCAGUAGUACCAAAUUACGCAUUAGAUACAAGUCUAGCAACAAACAAAUUACGUAUUACUAUACAAAUUCAUGGCUUAAAAUCAUCAACUAUAUUAGAAUUUCAUAAAAAACUUAUUCCCAAACUUUACAAAAAAGCAUCAAAUGGUGAAAUAGUAUUUCAUCUAAGUAAUGAUGGUUUUCUGUUUGAAUUUCAUGGACUUGAUUCUUUAAAAGACUGUAAUUAUCGACUUCAUGUUAACAAAUUACCGGGCACACUAGAUAAUAAACGGUCACAACUGAUUGUACGUGAAGAUGCUGUGGAAAUUAUUCUCAUAAAAAUUGACGAUAGUUCAUGGUCAUCUGUUAUAAGUGAGGGUUUACAUAUUGUUGAGAAUGAGAAGAAGUAAUCUUUUUUAUGUGAUAAUAAGUUCUUUUUUUCGAAGACAUUCCAGCUUAUAAUAAAUACUGCUUUUCAAUUUGCCUACUUUUCCUACCAGGUUUUAGGUAAAUGUAAAUAAUUUAUUUGAUUUCCGGUUUGUAUCUUCAGUUUAUGACUUCAUUUACUAGUUUAUAUUUAUUCAAAUUUUAUUUUAAUUUCCUGACAAAUAAUUUACGUCUUGUUUAUUACCAGUGAAAUGCUGUUUUCUUAAUUAAUGUACACUAAGAACAUUUUGUUGCAUUUUGACAAUAGACUCAUGUAAAAAGAACUUUUUUUCGUUAUUUCGGUUUGCUUGAUCUACUGUAAGUGAAGUUAAAUUUACUGUGACACAUUUUGACUGGCAUUUUCUUUUUCAAUAAAGAUUAAUCUUAAUAUAAA